AUGCGGUCGAUCAUCGAUUCCACAUGUCCAAAGAAAAAGAGACGAGCCCUAAUCCAUGACCGAUCCGUGGAUGCCCGUGGGCAGCAUAGCCAGCAAAAAGCCAGCAAAGCCAGCACAACGAUGCAGUCAGUUUCCGAGGCACCGGAUCUGCCUACCUGUCUUUGCGCCGUGUUGUCGCAGGGGAAACGGUUGCCAGGCGUGUCUCAGGACGAUGAUCCAUCUGGUGGAGUCACAAUAAGAGCGGAUGACGAACGACAUUUGCAGACGCCGCUGGGCCCGCUGUAA